CAACGUGGGCUGCAUCCGGAGGUGUCUAGCAUUCAUCUCAGGCUUUCGAGCGAUAUGGAGACGCCAUUUAAGUCAGCGUUCCCGUCUCCUUUCGAAACUAACAACCGCACACCGAUCACCCUCGUCGAGCUGCGCAUGCGCCGGUUCUCUGGCACGGUCCGCUCUAAGCCAGAUUGGUGGAGGAAGAUCCAAGAUGACGAGAUUGUGAUGAAGUGGCGCCGCGAGAUGAUCGAGCAUGACACCGUCAUGGUCGACAAGUUCUGGUGCGGCGACAAGUAUUACGACAGUGGAACAGGCGAGAAACAGUGGCCGCGAGAGAAGAUCAGUGACGUACAGCUCAGCUACAUCUUCGACGAGCUGCGAUAUGAAGCUAGUCAGUAUGACAAGGAAACGGGCAUCUUCGCUACUGCAAUCCACCAGGUAUACGAAUCACGCUCGUUGAUUCCGGAUGAUCUCAAGAGACUGCUGUUGCGAGGCAUCAUGGCACUCGAGAAUGUUCCGGAAGAGGAGAAGGAUUGGCAUCCAGGAUCUAACGACCAAGUCCUCGAUCUUGUCCAUCCGUCGAUGUAUUGCUUGUGCAUCGGUCGCUCGCAUGUAUUCCGGCAUGACGCGGGCCAUGCCGAUCCCAUCGUACCGCUAACGUUGGAUGACUACAUGAGUCGCCGCCCAGAUCUUGAGCAAACAUCCGGCUUCUUCGUCUCCCUCGACUAUCAGUGGAUCCCGACCGAUUUCGAGGUCUCGAGAUCAGGCAAUGUCAGAUCCCUCGCGUACAUCAAUAACCUCCACCCUAUUCAUCACCGGGCCUUGUAUCCUACUAUCUCCUCCGUCUUAUCGCUCUUCGUGCCUAUGUUCGAGAAGGUCCUCUCGGACGCACUCAGCCCUUUACCUCCACAUGUCAUACGCCCGCAUCCGUGCGAAUGGUACGACCACGUAGACUCGCUUCAACCGAAAUGGAGCGCCGAGUCACAAGACCGUCGGGAGGAGUAUGACGCCGCAUGGGUUGAGUGGGAGAAGUACCAUCAAUGGCCACACAUUCCGGAGCCCGAUCCCUUCGCGCCGCCUUCUGCUGCAGACGAGGAGAAUCGAGUCACCAUCUCCCUUCGUGGACGUACCCUUCAGGUGAUCAUCAAGCUCGCUAACAUCAUCCUCACCCCUGAGAACCCGAAGUACCCUGGCGGCUCGUGGCACGUUGAGGGCAUGGAGAACGAGAACAUCGUUGCUACAGGACUCUACUACUACGCGUGCGAGAACCUCACCGAGUCACGCCUUGACUUCCGAACGGCCGUGGGUAACUCAGAAGACAACUCGGACGGCGCUUCUCUCGAGUACGAGCAGGAUGACGAGAAAGGCUACCGCACUGCGUUCGGACUACAGCGUGACAGCCCGCUCAAUCAGUGUCUGGGGCACAUCAUCGCGGAGGAGGACAAGUGUGUCGCGUUCCCGAAUGUGUAUCAGCACCACGUCGACGCCUUUGAACUUGCGGACCCUACUAAGCCCGGGUACCGGAAGAUUCUGUGCUUCUUUGUGGUCAAUCCCUUCGUUCGAAUCCUGUCGACGAGCGACGUCCCCCCGCAACAGGAGCACUGGGUACUGGAUGAGGUGGCGAAGGCGCCGAUUCUGGGGAAGCUUCCGCAGGAGCUGUACGAUGCUGUCUUAAGAUACGCAUCCGUUGGGUUAAUGUCGCGCGAGGAUGCGGAGGAACAUCGGGACGAGCUGAUGGAGGAGCGGUCUCAGUUCGUGGGGGAUCACAAUAUGCAGGUGUUCGAGGUGGAGUUCAAUAUGUGUGAGCAUUGAACAUGGCUAUAUGUACGCGUUCAUGGCGGCAUGAUAGUGUAUGGAAACCAAGGUUCACUGGCGCAUGCGCAGUGGUAAGCCUACGGGCA